AUGUACCACAGCCUAUACCACAAUAUAUGUGACAAUAACAGUAUCUCAAAGCACUUUCAUUACGACAACAACAUCACAAACUACACAAUCCAUCACACCAGUAAUAACAACAUCAGAAAUCUUAAAACCAAGCACGUCCACACCAACUACCGCAACAACAUCAGUGCUACUUCACCUACCACAACAACUACCCCAACAACAGUCAGUGCUACUUCACCUACCACAACAACUACCCCAACAACAGUCAGUGCUACUUCACCUACCACAACAACUACCCCAACAACAGAAAGUACUACUUCACCUACCACAACAACUACCCCAACAACAGUCAGUGCUACUUCACCUACCACAACAACUACCCCAACAACAGUCAGUGCUACUUCACCUACCACAACAACUACCCCAACAACAGUCAGUGCUACUUCACCUACCACAACAACUACCCCAACAACAGUCAGUGCUACUUCACCUACCACAACAACUACCCCAACAACAGUCAGUGCUACUUCACCUACCACAACAACUACCCCAACAACAGUCAGUACUACUUCACCUACCACAACAACUACCCCAACAACAGUCAGUACAACUUCACCUACUACAGCAACUACCCCAACAACAGUCAGUGUUACUUCACCUACCACAACAACUACCCCAACAACAGUCAGUACUACUUCAGCUACCACAACAACUACCCCAACAACAGUCAGUGCUACUUCACCUACCACAACAACUACCCCAACAACAGUCAGUACUACUUCACCUACCACAACAACUACCCCAACAACAGUCAGUACAACUUCACCUACUACAGCAACUACCCCAACAACAGUCAGUACUACUUCAUCUACCACAACAACUACCCCAACAACAGUCAGUGCUACUUCACCUACCACAACAAGUACCCCAACAACAGUCGGUACUACUGUGAGUCCCACAACAAGUACCCCAACAACAGUCAGUACUACUUCACCUACCACAACAACUACCCCAACAACAGUCAGUACAACUUCACCUACUACAGCAACUACCCCAACAACAACCACAACAACUACCCCAACAACAGUCAGUACAACUUCACCUACUACAGCAACUACCCCAACAACAGUCAGUGCUACUUCACCUACCACAACAACUACCCCAACAACAGUCAGUACUACUUCACCUACCACAACAACUACCCCAACAACCAUCAGUACUACUUCACCUACCACAACAACUACCCCAACAACAGUCAGUACUACUUCAGCUACCACAACAACUACCCCAACAACAGCCAGUACAACUUCACCUACCACAACAACUACCCCAACAACAGCCAGUACAACUUCACCUACUACAGCAACUACCCCAACAACCGUCAGUACUACUUCAAUUACCACAACAACUACCCCAACAACCAUCAGUACUAUUUCAGGUACCACAACAACUACCCCAACAACCAUCAGUACUACUUCACCUACCACAACAACUACCCCAACAACAGUCAGUACUACUUCAUCUACCACAAUUACCACAACACCAGUCAGUACUACUUCAGUUACCACAACAAAUACCCCAACAGCAGCCAGUACAACUUCACCCACCACAACAACUGCCCCAACAACAGUCAGUACUACUUCACCUACCACAACAACUACCCCAACAACAACCAGUACAACUUCACCUACUACAGCAACUACCCCAACAACCGUCAGUACUACUUCAACUACCACAACAACUACCCCAACAACCAUCAGUACUAUUUCAGGUACCACAACAACUACCCCAACAACCAUCAGUACUAUUUCAGGUACCACAACAACUACCCCAACAACAGUCAGUACUACUGUGAGUCCCACAACAAGUACCCCAACAACAGUCAGUUCUACUUCAGCUACCACAACAACUACCCCAACAACAGCCAGUGCUACUUCAUCCACCACAACAACUACCCCAACAACAGUCAGUACUACUUCACCUACCACAAUAACUACCCCAACAACAGUCAGUACAACUUCAGCUACCACAACUACUCCAACAACAGUCAGUACUACUUCAGCUACCACAACAACUACCCCAACAACAGUCAGUACUACUUUGGCUACCACAACAUCUACCCCAACAACAGUCAGUACAACUUCAGCUACCACAACAAGUACCCCAACAAUAGUCAGUACUACCUCAUCUACCACAACAACUUCACCAACAACAGUCCGUACUACUUCAGCUACAACAACAACUACCCCAACAAUAGGCAGUUCUACUUCAGCUACCACAACAACUACCCCAACAACAGUCAGUACAACUUCAGCUACCACAACUACCCCAACAACAGUCAGUACUACUUCAGCUACCACAACAUCUUCCCCAACAACAGUCAGUACUACCUUAACUACCACAACAACUUCACCAACAACAGUCCGUACUAUUUCAGCUACAACAACUACCCCAACAAUAGGCAGUUCAACUUCAGCUACCACAACAACUACCCCUAGAACCGUCAGUACUACUUCAUUUACCAGAACAACUACCCCAACAAUAGUCAUUACUACUUUAGCUACCACAAAAACUACCCCAACAACAGUCAGUACUACUUCACCUACCACAACAACUACCCCAACAACCGUCAGUACUACUUCAUCUACCACAACAACUACCCAAACAUCAGUCAGUACUACUUCAUCUACCACAACAACUACCCCAACAACACAUAGUACUACUUCAACAACAACAACAACUACCCCAACAACCAUCAGUACUAUUUCAGGUACCACAACAACUACCCCAACAACAGCCAGUACUACUGUGAGUCCCACAACAAGUACCCCAACAACCAUCAGUACUAUUUCAGAAAGUACUACUUCACCUACCACAACAACUACCCCAACAACAGUCAGUACUACUUCAGCUACCAGAACAACUACCCCAACAACAGUCAGUACCACUAUGACUCCCACAACAAGUACCCCAACAAUAGACAGUACUACUUUGGCUACAACUACUACUACCCCAAAAACAGUCAGUACUACUUCAGCUACAACAACAACUACCCACUUAAUAGGCAGUUCUACUUCAGCUACCACAACAACUACCCCAACAACAGUCAGUACUACUUCAUCUACCGCAACAACUACCCCAACAACAGGCAGUACAACUUCAGCUACCACAACAUCUACCCCAACAAUAGGCAGUUCUACUUCAGCUACCACAACAACUACCCCAACAACAGUCAGUACUAUUUCAGCGACCCCAACUACCCCAACAACAGUCAAUACAACUUCAGCCACCCCAACUACCCCAACAACAGUCAAUACAACUUCAGCUACCACAACUACCCCAACAACAGUCAGUUCUACUUCAGCUACCACAACAACUACAGCAACAACAGUCAGUACUAAUUCAGCUACCACAACAACUACCCCAACAACAGCCAGUACUACCUCACCUACCACAACAACUACCCCAAGAACCGUCAGUACUACUUCAUUUACCACAACAACUACCCCAACACCCGUCAGUACUACUUCAGCUACCCCAACAACUACCCCUACAAUAGUCAACACUACUUCAUCUACCACAACAACUACCCCAACAACACAUAGUACUACUUCAACAACAACAACAACUACCCCAAAAACCAUCAGUACUAUUUCAGGUACCACAACAACUACCCCAAAACCAGUCAGUACUACUGUGAGUCCCACAACAAGUACUCUAACAGUCAGUACUACUUUGGCUACAACAACAACUAUCCCAACAACAGUCAGUACUACUUCACCUACCACAACAACUACCCCAACAACAGUCAGUAAUACUUCACCUACCACAACAACUACCCCAACAACCAUCAGUACUACUUCAGCUACCAAAACAACUACCCCAACAACAGUCAGUACUACUUCAGCUACCACAACAACUACCCCAACAACCAUCAGUACUACUUCAGCUACCACAACAACUACCCCAACAACAGUCAGUACUACUUCAGCUACCACAACAACUACCCCAAAAACAGAAAGUACUACUUCACCUACCACAACAACUACCCCAACAACCGUCAGUACUACUUCAGCUACCACAACAACUACCCCAACAACAGUCAGUACUACUUCAGCUACCACAACAACUACCCCAACAACAGUCAGUACUACUUCAGCUACCACAACAACUACCCCAACAACAGUCAGUACUACUUCAUCUACCACAACAACUACCCCAACAACAGUCAGUACUACUUCAUCUACCACAACAACUACCCCAACAACAGUCAGUACUACUUCAGCUACCACAACAACUACCCCAACAACAGUCAGUACUACUUCAGCUACCACAACAACUACCCCAACAAUAGGCAGUUCUACUUCAGCUACCACAACUACUACAACAACAGUCAGUACUACUUCGGCUACAGCAACAACUACCCCAACAACAGCCAGUGCUACUUCAUCCACCACAACAACUACCCCAACAACAGUCAGUACUACUUCACCUACCACAAUAACUAACCCAACAACAGUCAGUACAACUUCAGCUACCACAACUACUCCAACAACAGUCAGUACUACUUCAGCUACCACAACAACUACCCCAACAACAGUCAGUACUACUUCACCUACCACAAUAACUAACCCAACAACAGUCAGUACAACUUCAGCUACCACAACAACUACUCCAACAACAGUCAGUACUACGUCAGCUACAACAACAACUACCCCAACAACCGUCAGCACUACUUCAGCUACCCCAACAACAGUCAGUACUACUUCAGCUACCACAACAACUACCCCAACAACAGUCAGUACUACUUCAGCUACCACAACUACAACAACAACAGUCAGUACUACUUCGGCUACAUCAACAACUACCCCAACAACAGCCAGUGCUACUUCAUCCACCACAACAACUACCCCAACAACAGUCAGUACUACUUUAGCUACCACAUCUACUCCAACAACAGUCAGUACUACUUCAGCUACCACAACUACUCCAACAACAGUCAGUACUACUUCAGCUACCACAACAACUACCCCAACAACAGUCAGUACUACUUCAGCUACCACAACAACUACCCCAACAACAGUCAGUACUACUUCACCUACCACAAUAACUAACCCAACAACAGUCAGUACAACUUCAGCUACCACAACAACUACUCCAACAACAGUCAGUACUACUACAACUUCAGCUACCACAACAACUACUCCAACAACAGUCAGUACUACGUCAGCUACCACAACAACUACCCCAACAACCGUCAGUACUACUUCAGCUACCACAACAACUACCCCAACAACAGUCAGUACUACUUCACCUACCACAAUAACUAACCCAACAACAGUCAGUACAACUUCAGCUACCACAACAACUACCCCAACAACAGUCAGUACUACUUCAGCUACCACAAUAACUACCCCAACAACAGUCAGUACAACUUCAGCUACCACAACUACUCCAACAACAGUCAGUAUUACUUCAGCUACCACAACAACUACCCCAACAACAGUCAGUUACAACUUCAGCUACCACAACAACUACCCCAACAGUCAGUACUACUUCACCUACCACAACAACUACUCCAACAACAGUCAGUACUACUUCACCUACCACAAUAACUACCCCAACAACAGUCAGUACUACUUCAGCUACCCCAACAACUACCCCAAAAACAGUCGGUACUACUUCAGCUACCCCAACAACUACCCCAAAAACAGUCAGUACUACUUCAGCUACCACAACAACUACCCCAAAAACAGAAAGUACUACUUCAGCUACCCCAACUACCCCAACAACAGCAGUUCUACUUCAGCUACCACAACAACUACCCCAACAACAGUCAUUACUACUUCAGCUACAACAACAACUACCCCAACAACAGUCAGUACGAUUUCACCUACCACAAUAACUAACCCAACAACAGUCAGUACAACUUCAGCUACCACAACAACUACCCCAACAACAGUCAGUACUACUUCGGCUACAACAACAACUACCCCAACAACAGUCAGUACUACUUCACCUACCACAACAACUACCCCAACAACAGUCAGUACUACUUCAUCUACCACAACAACUACCCCAACAACAGUCGGUACUACUUCAUCUACCACAACAACUACCCCAACAACAGUCAGUACUACUUCAGCUACCACAACAACUACCCCAACAAUAGGCAGUUCUACUUCAGCUACCACAACAACUACCCCAACAACAGUCAGUACUACUUCGGCUACAACAACAACUACCCCAACAACAGUCAGUACUACUUCACCUACCACAAUAACUAACCCAACAACAGUCAGUACAACUUCAGCUACCACAACAACUACCCCAACAAUAGGCAGUUCUACUUCAGUUACCACAACUACUCCAACAACAGUCAGUACUACUUCAGCUACCACAACAACUACCCCAACAACAGUCAGUACUACUUCACCUACCACAACAACUACCCCAACAACAGUCAGUACAACUUCAGCUACCACAACUACUCCAACAACAGUCAGUACUACUUCACCUACCACAACAACUACCCCAACAACAGUCAGUACUACUUCAGCUACCACAACAACUACCCCAACAACAGUCAGUACUACUUCACCUACCACAACAACUACCCCAACAACAGUCAGUACAACUUCAGCUACCACAACUACUCCAACAACAGUCAGUACUACUUCACCUACCACAACAACUACCCCAACAACAGUCAGUACAACUUCACCUACCACAACAACUACUCCAACAACAGUCAGUACUACUUCAUCUACCACAACUACUACCCCAAAAACAGAAAGUACUACCUCACCUACCACAACAACUUCACCAACAACAGUCCGUACUAUUUCAGCUACAACAACUACCCCAACAAUAGGCAUUUCUCCUUCAGCUACCACAACAACUACCCCAACAACAGUCAGUACUACUUCAGCUACCACAACAUUUUCCCCAACCACAGUCAGUUCUACAUCAUCUACCACAACAACUACAGCAACAACAGUCAUCAGUACUACUUCACCUACAAGAACAACUACCCCAACAAAAGUCAGUACUACUUCAGCUACCACUACAAGUACCCCAACAACAGAAAGUACUUCUUCAACUACCCCAACAACAGUCAGUACGACUCCACCUACCACAACAUCUACCCCAACAACAGUCAGUACGACUCCACCUACCACAACAUCUACCCCAACAACAGUCAGUACUACUUCAGCUACCACAAUAACUACCCCAACAACCAUCAGUACUACCUUACCUUCCAUAGCAACUACUCAAAUAACAGUCAGUGCUACUUCAGCUACCACAACAACAGUUAGUACUACUGUAACUCCCACUACAACAAAUCACCCAACAACAGGCAGUACUACUGUGGCUAUGACAGAUAGCUCUACAAUAGCUAGCACCGCUUUAGCUUCCACAACAACAAGUACAACAAAAGUUUCCAUGACAACUGGUCCAACAUCAGCCAGCACCAAUGAAAUACCUGCAACAACUGCUCUGACUGCACCCAGUACUACAGUAAUUCUGACAACAACAAUGAACCCAACAACAACCAGCACCAUUGCAACACCAACAUCAACUGGUCCAGCAGCCCACAGUACCACUGAAGCUAAAGUAACCACAACGGUUGUCUCUAAUACAUGGACAACAUCUACUACCUCAAUAAGCACAGCUUCUGUAACUCCUACCGAGGACUGGGGAACAUUGACCACUCAUGACUGGGGCACUCCUUGUACUCCAUGUGUUUACGAUGAGUUUGCUACAUCUCCCACUGUUACUGGUACACUUUCCUCCAUUUUUACAACAGUCCAGGAUACUGCAUCCCCAUCAGGAGAAGUCUAUCACUGUCUUACCUUUAAGUUCCUAGACCUGGGUUCACACUCAUCGACGGAACACCCUGGUACUCACUGCAUAGAAGAUGAUGAUCUCCUGGACAACAGGCCAGUGGCGCUGAGACGAAAGGAGGUCCACGCAGAAGUCCACGGGUGCAGCCAUGGAGGAUUUGGAAAAAGAUUACUGUCUCAAAUAUCUGCACAGGCUUCCAUGUGA